CAACUCCGCCUUCCAUAGCAUCACAGCACAGCAGCACUCCUCUACGCUUUCACCCAGGCAGUUUCUCCCUACAGUUUAAGGCAGAAAUUGGUCAUACUUACACUCAUUCAGUCUCUCCGCACUACCCAUUCGAUUUGUCCAGUGUCUUGUAUUUCUCUUUGUCCAACGGGACCACUCGUCAUCAUGAGUCCGUGGCCACUGUUGUCCGUUGCGGAAUGUUGGUUCGACCCAAACAAAAAGGAGUUGAAGAUGAUCGUGCGUUGCAAAGGGAAAUGUUUCCACAUUUUUCUAUCGCCAGACUAUUUCCAUGACUCUCCAGACAUUCUCGAAAAAUACCUUCGAUUUGCUGAAACUGAAGCGGACGGUGAUCUGGAUGAUUUAACAAUCGACGAUUUUCAGGACUGGGCACUAGAACCAUUUCUUCCAGUACUGCAAGACACAGAACCAGCUUGGGAGGAAGCACAUGUACCCACUCUCCACGACUAUCUUUACCCGGAAACUUUUCACUACUUACUCUUGGCCGUCAAUAACGCACUCGUUCCUUCCCUGUAUUACAAAGCUGCGCCAGCAAGCCAAUUGGGGUUCAAUCUGGAUGGUUAUGAACUCCGCACAGUAUGCUCCUCGUUUCAUCCGCGGCAAAUACAGAUCUGCGUCGAUCGACCCAAAGAUAUAUACUUCGAAACCCCGAAGAAAGUACUUGUGGAUGGGCAGACAGUCUGCUUCUUUAAGCAGUGGGGCGCGGGUGAGAAGAGAGGGGCUCUCCGUGAGCUUCAAAGCUAUAAGCGCAUCGAAAAAUUGCUCGACAUGGAGGUGCAGAUCCCUCGUCUGUGUGGUGUGGUCCUGGAUGAUGAAGGCUGCCAUUGUAUUGGGAUGUUACUGUCUUGGAUUGAUUGUCAGUACACGACAUUGGAAUGUGCGUUGCGGGCCGACCCGCCGAUGAAUUUAAGACAGAAGUGGGCAGACCAACUGGCAGCCUCCUUGGAUCGUUUACAUCUGGCUGGGGUUAUCUGGGGUGAUGUGAAGCCUGCCAAUGUUCUUGUUGAUACAAACGAUGAUAUAUGGAUUAUUGACUUCGGAGGUGGAUACACUCGAGGCUGGGUAGAGAGGGAAAUAGCGGGGACGGUUGAAGGGGACAAACAGGGGUUACAGAAGAUCAAAAGUUUCCUGUUGCAGCAAGAUAACGAGGCGAACUGUGGGAAUUGCUGACGAGACUGAGAGUUAACUCCUUUUGCAACCUUGGCUAUUCGCAUCCACAUUCUUUAGAUUCCUAUAAGGUGGAAUAAAAGGGUAGAAGCAUGUCACUCAUUCCAAAUAACGUUCUUUGGUUUA